GAUAUCGAUAUUAAUCGAAGAAAUAUCUCGAAAAUGCGUAAGGGUAAGAUAAAAACCGAAGCGACAUCUGUCGAUCAUAUCAGUCCCACACUGGAAUGAAAAGACCGUUAAAAGUUAAAAGUCAUCAAAUUUGGUAAUGCGUUUGAGUGUUUUUUUAAUCGUGAAACAUCAUGCCAUCUCCAAGUGUUAAAUACACAACUAACAGAGCAAUUGAUAAUUUCAAUGUUGGAGCUACGCUCAUGAAAAUCAUCGGAUACGUUGACUGUAUUGAAGGAUUGAAGGAGCUGCCAAAGUCACCAUCUAAGUGGAUAUACAAGUGCAUUUUAAAUAACAAUGAUGGCAGAAGGGUUCGCAUACUUUGCUGGGGGGAUGACGCUCUCAAAUACAAUGAUGUAAUAAAGAUGUAUCAGAUAUUAAAAAUCACUGGAGGUAUUAUUAAAGCGGCCAAUCCACAGUAUCGACGAUCAACUGAUACUGUAAGCGACAAAGAAUUUCAAUUUGGACGUGGGAGUACUUUAGACGUUAUUGGUACAUUCGACAUUACGAAUGGAGCUGAGACUGGAAGACCGGAGGUAAUCUCAUAUGAAAGAAUUGAAAUGAAGAAUGUUUGUGCUGCUCGCGGGCCAGUCCAGAUCACUGGAUGGCUCAAAGAGCCAUUCAGAAGCAUUACCACGGUAAACGGUUCCAGUUAUGGAUGUGGAAUGUUCUGCACAAGAAUUCAUCGCAUGACCAUUCAUGUGAUAACAUUCAUCCCAAGAGAAGAUUUAGUCGAGGGAAUCAAAAUGGAAGUUAAAGGUAGAGUUGAUCGUCGUGGAGAUGCUUUUAUUAUGAAUAUCAACAGCAUGAAUGAUAUCACAGUCCUGUCUGAGGAUGUAGUCCUAACUGAAGAUGAGUUAGAUGAUGCUGUCGAAGCACCUCCACUGAUUCUGAAACGAGAAGCAGCUGAAUCUGCACACGGAGCGGCGAUGGACAUCGAGUAUAAGAAACUUAAAGGUGAUUAGCUUCAAUUGCAUGCUCUUUGCUAUUUAAUUUCAAUUGCAAAAUUGAGAAUUUUUUCUAGAAUUGAGAAGUUUAAUACUGUUACUUUUUUAUGUAGAAGUUCUAAAAAACAAAGAGAUGACAAAAUUUAAAAAAUCAGAUCAGAAGCAACAUUCAUCGGUUAUUCGUUUGAAACAUUGAGAAGUUUCAGUUAUUUAAAAAUCUGAUUUUUUACUUUUAAAUAUUGUCAUUUUUACUUUUAAAUAUUGUCAAAUUCAUAGCAGUAAGGUUGACACUCAUUUAGUUUUACCUAAAAAAAGAGAUGGAAUUAUAAUAAUUUGCAGUUUUUCGAUCAUUUCCUUUUUUUCCUUUUUUUUGAGGAUUUCUCACGAUUGAGAAAAAAUUAAUCCAAGUUUUAGUUCGUUUAUUUCAUCACAAUAUAGAAACUGCAAUUAUUAUAAUUCAUUGAAAUUAAAUUUUGAUUUUGUUUAAUGUAAACUCAAUGUCAUUAGCUAUGAUUGUUAUGACAAGACUUAAAUUUAUAUAUUUCAAUCAAACAUUAGAUCAGGAAAGAAUCAAUAGUUAUAAUAUUCUCGAUUUUAUGUUUAUAUGCAUAAUGUGCAUGACAAACUUAUUUUCAAUAAUCAAGAUUAAGACAUCAUGAAGUUUGAUUGAUCUAAGAGUCUGAUUUUUUAUAUUUAAAUACUGCAAAAUUCAUAGCAGUAAGACUGAUAACUGUUUCGUUCUGAUUGAGAAAAAAAUAUUUGAGAAAAAAUUAAUCCAAGUUUUAGUUCGUUUAGUUCAUCACAAUAUAGAAACUGCAAUUAUUAUAAUUCAUUGAUAUUAAAUUUUGAUUUUGUUCAAUGUACACUCAAUGUCAUUAGCGAUGAUUCUUAUAACAAGACUUAAAUUUAUAUAUUUCAAUCAAACAUUAGAUCAGGAAAGAAUCAAUAGUAAUAAUAUUCUCGAUUUUAUGUUUAUAUGCAUAAUGUGCAUCACAAACUUAUUUUCAAUAAUCAAGAUUAAGACAUCAUGAAGUUUGAUUGAUCUAAGAGUCUGAUUUUUUUUUUUAUAUUUAAAUACUGCAAAAUUCAUAGCAGUAAGAGUGAUAACUGUUUCGUUCUAAUUAAGAAAAAAAUAUGAAAUUAUAAUAAUUUGCAGGUGCUUAAUGAUUUUCUUUUUCUUUUCGUUUCGUUUUGAAGACUUCUCAUAAUUUAAUUGAGAAAAAAUUAAUGCAAUUUUUAAUUCGUUUAUAUAAACAUAAUGUAGAAGCUGCAAUUAUUAUAAUUGGUUGAAAUUACAUGUUAAGUUACAUCGUUCUUAAACCCAAUAUCAUUAAUGAUAAUGCUCAUGGAAAGACUUGAAUAAUCGAAGAGAAUGUGUAGUCUCGAAUCAUAACGCAUAGUUAAAAAAAAGUGAUAAACUCCAAAAAGUCGAUUAAGUAAGCGUUCACAAGCUAUUCAGUUUUAUUUCUAACUUGCAUGGUAUACAUGAGAAAUAUUUCUGUAUAGGUAAGAUAUUGUGGGAUCUAUGCAUUAACAUUAGUAUUUAUUCAGAGUUUGUUUCAAUACGUUGCCAUGUUUUUGAAGAAAAGUAUUACCGAAACAUUUAUAUUUUUUAUACGUAAAAGAGAAAGCUCGACACUAAUUUAUUUUAUUAUUAAAAUAGACGAAGCCCAUCGGAAUCACAGAUAAGUGAUACAAAUGAUGUAUUCGAGUUAAUGUUUAUUGAUAAUUCAUAACAUAUGUUGCAAUGUCAAUUAUAAUUGUUGGAAAAUUA